GACCGAGACAUGGAAUCUUCGGGGAAAACAAAAGGCGGCGGGAUAUGCUUCAAUAUAUGCGAAAAAUGGUGUAUGGACGUCACGGAGCUCAGCACACACUGCAGCCCGCAUUUGAAGUCGCUGUUUUUGAACUAUAAGCCAUUCUACUCGCCUCGCGAGUUCGCAUCAUUCAUUCUUGCUGGUCUCUAUCUUCCGCCUCAAGCUAACACGAACGCUGCACUGCUAAUGCUUGCCGAACAAGUAAACGAAAUUGAAAAAAAAUACCCGGACUCACCCCUCAUUAUUCUCGGGGACUUUAACAAAGCUAAACUCAACCACAAACUCCGUAGAUACAAGCAGCACAUCGACCGUCCCACCACGGAAAAUAACAUUUUAGACCACUGCUAUACUAUGCUAAAUAACGCAUUCCGUGCCAAACCUCAUGCAGCCCUGAGCUCCUGCUCCUGAUCACUGCUUAAUUCACUUGAUGCCGACAUACAGGCAAGAACUUAAAUGCGCAAAGCCUACAGUGAAAACAGUGAAAAAGUGGACCAAUGAAGCAAAGAUGGAACUUCAAAUCUGUUUAGACUGCACAGACUGGAGUGUCUUUGAAAAUUCAGCUGGCAGCCUGGAUGAAUAUACGGACACUGUCACAUCCUAUAUCGGUUUCUGUGAAGAGGUUUGUGUACCAACAAAGUAAUUUCGCACAUUCAAUAACAACAAGCCGUGGUUCACUGCCAAACUUAAGCAACUUCGCCAAGCUAAGGAGGACGCAUAUCAAAGCGGGGACAGGGCCCUGUAUAAUCACACUAGAAACCAGCUGACUAAGAAAAUUAACAUUGCAAAGAGGAACUAUGCAGCAAAGUUGGAAAAACAGUUUAGCGCUAACAACUCUAAAUCAGUCUGCCAUGCAUUCCAAUCGCUGACCAAUUACAAGCGACGAUCACCCCAAGCUGAGAACAAUAGCAGACUAGCCAACGACUUGAAUACCUUCUACUGCAGAUUUAAAAAGGACACUUUCACAACCCACACCCACCCAGCCGGACCACCGACUACAAUCACACAUCUGACUUCUAUAUUAAUCAGCCACGAACAGGAUGUGAUACACAUCUUCAAACAACAAAAGAUUAACAAAGCAGCAGGCCCGGACCAUGUGUCCCCAUCCUGCCUCAAAGUCUGCGCGGACCGGCUCGCUCCAGUCGUCACACAGAUCUUCAAUACAUCUCUGGAACUGUGCGAAGUACCAUCCUGUUGCAAACGCUCCACCAUCAUUCCAGUCCCCAAGAAACCUACAAUCUCGAGUCUAAAUGACUACAGGCCUGUCGCCUUGACAUCUGUGGUUAUGAAGUUCUUUGAACGUGUCGUGCUGGACCACCUCAAGAGCAUGUUUGCCUACCGAGCGAACAGGUCUGCGGAUGAUCCAGUCAACAUGGGACUGCACUUCAUCCAAGAACACCUCGAUAGUGCAGGGACCUACGCGAGGAUCCUGUUCGUGGACUUCAGCUCAGCGUUCAACACCAUCAUCCCUGAACUCCUUUCCUCCAAGCUUCUCCAGCUCAGCGUCUCACCUGCCAUCUGCCAGUGGAUUUACCGCCCGGAUUUACGGGCAGGACACAGCAGGGGAGGCUGGGAGAGACCACCUCAUCCACACGCAGUAUCAGCACUGGGGCACCCCAAGGUUGUGUCCUCUCUCCGCUGCUCUUCUCUCUCUACACGAACGACUGCACCGCAACGGACCCAGCUGUCAAAGUCCUGAAGUUUGCAGAUGACACGACUGUCAUCGGCCCCAUCAAGGACGGUAACGAGACUGCAUAUCGACAGGAAGUGGAGCGGCUGGAGCUGUGGUGCGGCCGACACAACCUGGAGCUGAACACGCUCAAGACUGUAGAGAUAAUCAUGGACUUCAGGAGGCAUCCUUAGCCACAGCUGCCCCUCACGUUGUCCAGCUGCCUUGUGUCAACCGUCGAGACCUUCAAGUUCCUGGGAAUUACAGUCUCUCAGGACCUGAAGUGGGCGAUCAACAUCAACUCCGUCCUCAAAAAGGCCCAGCAGAGGAUGUACUUCCUGCGGCUUCUGAGAAAGCACGGCCUGCCACGGGAGCUGCUGAGGCAGUUCUACGCAGUGGUCAUCGAAUCAGUCCUGCGUUCUUCCAUCACAGUCUGGUUUGGUGCUGCUACAAAAAAGGAAACAGCAAAACAAACUCCGACUGCAACGGAGAAUCAAAACUGCUGAAAGGAUUGUCGGUACCCCCCUACCCACCCUUGAGGACUUGCACGCUGCCAGAACUAAGACAAGAGUGUGCAAAAUCCUCUCUGACCCUCCACAUCCCGGUCACCGGCUUUUCCGGCUCCUUCCCCCAGGUUCUGCGAGUCUCCGUCCAGUGACCCAGAGAUGCCAGGUGGGCGUGGCCGUGGGAAAAGGCUGCGUCUGGCUUUGGCAGACCAGCCCUGUGGGGCUCCGACACCGCCAGUCAAAGUACGAGGCCUGCCGCAGCACCGGAGCCGGGGCGGCGGAAUGGUAGCCUUACCGGUGCACAGCAAAAGCCGGCGCGGAAGUUUGAAACUCCUUAGCAACUGCAGAGCUCCUACACCCUUCUUCACCACGGAAGAAACCAAACCCACCAACCGGGCCCCUGUCCUCCCGUCCGGCAAGCGGAAGAACAAACCGCCGGCUGACCUGGACCUCAGUCUGGUUUCCUCGGAGGACAUUAAGAAUGGGAACGGGAAAAGGAUUCGAGCCAAAUCCCGCAGCGCCCCUUCCACGCCGCAGGGAAAGUCAGACCCCUCUUUCCUUGACCCGGGGGGAGGUUUCACCUCCUCACCUCUGCCAAUUCUCAUCGACUGCCCCCACCCCAAUUGCACCAAGCGCUAUAAGCACAUCAAUGGGUUACGCUACCACCAGACUCACGCCCACCUUGAGGUGGAGGAGCAGAGGAAUCCCGAGAGCGAGGAACGACUGUCAGACUGCGAGGACACUGUCUAUGACCUCGUGGAGUCCACCAACAAUGGCACCACGGCCAACACCUCAGCCAAAAAAGCCGCCCCGUUGUACAAGGUGACCUCGGUGGGCUCUCCCAAGAACCGGCGGCUCCUUCUCAGCACUAAAACCAGGAGGAGCUCCCUGCUGAAGGAUGGCUUGAUGGAUGACCUUAGCAACCUGCCCAUCAUUUCCAAUAUGACUGUGGUUCUGGAAAACUGCAUGGUGCCGGACCGGAGCGCCACUGUGGAGAUGCCCAAGCUGGAAGCCGAGGGUCUGAUUGACAAGAAGAUCCUCUGCGACAAGAACAAAAAAGCCAACGGAAAGGUAGACAAGCUUUCCAAGUCGCGGACUAACCGGCUGAUUGCUCCCGCCCCUCCCCCUCCGAAGCUUAUUGCAAUACCCAAUGGGCCAUAUCCAACAGACAGCGGUGUUUCAGAGCAGUCUUCGCCUGUGCCAGCCGUGGGCCUGAGCAGCAAGAACUCCUCCCUUAAACCCAUUAAGCCGAAGCUUAGCAUUGUCGUGGAACCCAGCCUGGUCAAAGCCACACUGCUGACCUGCAAAGACACCCGCAAGAAAGAAAAGCGAAGGCUAAAGGACAAACACAACCGCGACACGACCGGUCUUUCUGCAAACGGUGACCCCAUCAAAAUGGAAGACAGCGCUUCUAAAGUUGCUGCCAAGGAGAUUCCCGGGAGUCUCCUGAAGGAGCACCUGAGCAAGCAAGAUGUGACGAACGGGCUCAACGAGACCCAGGAAAGCCGAAUGGCAAGUAUCCGUGCUGAGGCCGACAAGGUCUACACCUUCACAGACAACGCCCCCAGUCCGUCUAUUGGAAGUUCGUCGCGGCUCGAUGCCCCCAGCAGUUGUCUGGUGAUGGGGGACAGCAAGGACAACAGCCCCGCCUACUCGGACAUCUCUGAUGCGGGGGAUGACGGAGUGUCCUCUGAAAAUCGCCUGGACGGAAUUAGAUCGAGAUCAGGUCCCUCUGUAUCGUCUGGAGUCAACUCUAACAGUAACCAUCAUAAUGCCAGGAAGACACCACCCACAGUGCCCGACCCAACUUCCACAAAAGAGCCCCUGUCCCCAUACUACCACAGUUUUGAGCCGUAUUUCCUGCCGGGUUAUGUGCAGGCGGACAGGCAGAAUACCUACCACAAAACUUCCUCCCACGAUUCUAAAUGUAAAGAUCGAAAGGAUGACGCUAAAGACGAUGACAAAGGUUCUAUCCACGACUUUGUGGACUGUAAGAAAGGUGAUGGGCAGCCGGCACCGUCUCAGCUGCAGCUUGCCAUGAGUCAGACCCAGACCGCCUUAGCCCAGUCGCUGUAUUACGGGCAGUACUCACGAGGACUCUACAUGGACCACAAACUCCUAUUGGCCUCCUGUGAGCAGAAGCAGCGUGCUGAGAGGGGGCUGGCUGGGCGAGAUGGGAAUGUCAGACACACCAGCGGAGCAAAAGUUCCAGAAGUUGCUAAAGGCUGCUGUCCCAAAGCCAUCCUGUCCUACUUGGAGGAGAGGGGGGAAAGGGGGCUGGGCUUGAAGGUGGACCAGCACCGUAUCUCAACCAAAGACUGCGAGGACAUCAAGUCACCUUCUUCCUCCUCCUCCUCAUCUUCAUCCUCGUCACACCACAACCCCAACACUCAGACAGAUCUGGACUCAAAUAUUCCCUAUUCCAGCCCCCCAGACGGCCCCACGUGGCCCCACCGGCUGGCUCACAGCAAAUACUCAGAGCUGGAGAGUCCACUUGGGGAGGCAGCAGAUGAGGGGGACAUGGAGAGGUCUAAGGAGUGGGGGAGUACCACUGAACCGGCCGGGCCCAAAGCGACCUCAGCAGGAGGGGGCAUCGCCCGUGAUGCUAAAAAAGUCCACGGACCACACAACCUUCCACCCCCGGUCGACCCAGAUGACUCAGACGGCUUGGAGGGGCUGCAGGAGGAACCCGUGGGAGUCCUGUCAGGGGAGUCGCAAAGUGCCCGGGCGGCGGUGUCUCCCCCAAUGACCCCCCAGCAGCCCUACAUCCAGUACCAGCACUCCUCGUACCAGCCCUACCUAGCCAUGUGUGAGAGCGGCCGGGUCUCCUACAGAGGGGCAUCCCCCACACUGGUCCACAACUACCCAGGCUUCCACUACCCUUUGUACGGCAAGACAGCGGGACGGGAGGAGUCCGAGACCAGUGAGAAAGGUUCCCCUGAGGCAGAUCACGAAGUAGACCGAAGCGACCGAAGCCAUGUGGCGUUGGGCCGACACCUUCACACACACCAUCACACACACUUGGGACUCACCUACAACCUGGUGGCGGGACAGUACGACAUCUACCCAGGUUUAAGCUCCAGGUCUCUGGUGUCUGGUCCGCAGGUGUCUGGACGAACUUCUGCUGAGAGCGAGGUGAAGAAGUAGUGACGUGGCAGAAGGAGAAGACUCACACAUCAAUUCCGUGGUGUUCCUUGGUGAAGCCUCACUGUGAGAGGCAGACGAGAAAAACGAACAACAAAACAAGAAUCCUUUCUUACAAGCGCCACCUACCGUGCAGGUGUUUUGUAUCGCACAGAAAGUGGACUUUGUGGAAGGAAAAGUGUACAAAAUAUAGGGCGGUGUUUCUAAACGCACAUUGUUUUGACUGAAUGUACUGAUGAUGAAGCUACAUUUGUAUCGCUACCCGCUAACUGUACGUGUUGAUUGUAUCGUCCGAUGUGAGCGUAGCCCUUCUUCUUCACGCCGCUGUACAUAGCAACCACAGUCAUGCGCUCAUUAGCAAAUGUUCACCGCCACUGGACGCGUGGGAGGAAGGGGCGGGGCUUAAAGGGGAGGCUGCAUUCCAUAAAAGUGGUCAUUCUCAUACCCGACCAGGAAAAGGGAGUGAGAUGAAGUCAUGUGAUGUCGUAAAACAAUGGCAACAGCCAAAAAAAAAAAAAACUAUCAAAUCAAUAUAUUCAUGUUUACCUGAAAAUGUUGUGGGCCUUGAACCUCGGUGAGUGGAAUAUUCCCGACUUUGAUUUUGUCAAAACAACCCAAGGAUCAAUAAUUACACGACACUUUACACACAGUAGUCUUGUUGAAGUUAGCAUGUUCUGAAGGGACGGUCCGGAUUUUGUUGCCAUGACAACUAGGGGGCUCAGCUAAGGCGUUGCGACUAAGCGAGUGGCUUCUACUUGCGGAAGCAAAACCCUUCAAAAGAAACCAGUGCCUGUAAAGACAAUAAAAACAUUUUCCCUGGUGGAGGCAGCACUUCAUAUAGUUAGUGUAGCAGAUCCAAGCAUGUGGCGCAUGUAGUGGACACAUCUCCAAAUAUUCCCCCCUGCCCCUUUCCAUUUACGCCAUCACAUAGACAAUUUCACCAAAUAUGUACUGCUUAUCAGAAGCUAAACUAAAGUUAAUCUGUGCAUCUAACAAAACGUAAUGCAACUCUGCUUGCUUAUUUGACUUUGACGUAAUAGUUUUACACAGCAUAGCUGGCCAAGUCAUGGGUGGAGAAGCUCUGUGUGGGGAUGGAAUUAUAUUAAUUAGCCCCACUCUUAUGUAAAGUCCCUCCAGAGACCCAACAAUUUGUACACAACACAUUAAAAUGUUUAUUUUACAUCAUAUGUCCCCUUUAGCAGAAACUCUAUGUAACCAAAUUCUGUAUGGACAUAUACCUCGUCAAAUAGGACAUUUCUGACUUCCCAGUGGCCAUUGAAUGCACCUUACCAAUCACUUUUUUUUAUUUAAAUUGACGCCUUACUACUGCGCUUGUACAGAACAUCUAGAACAAUCCUCAUCCUAAUGCAGUGGUUGUCAAACUUUUUACACAAAGUACCACCUGAAAAAAUACUUAGCUCUCCAAGUACCACCAUAAUAACCAACAUUAAAAUACAGUAACAGUAGUAGGCCUAAAUUUUUAGGAAAUGCGAGAAAGAGGUUUUAUUCCUAAAAAGUACAGUUAAUAUUAUCAUACGCCACUAUAACAUUAGGCACAGUUUGAACAUUAAGGCUGUGAGUUAGAUAAAAACUGUACUCAAAAAUGUUUUUAAAACAAACAGGUAAAGAUUAAAUGCAAAUAUAUUGUACUUAAAAGUUCGAUCCAACUGAACUGCACUUAAAAAAUGUACUGUACUUGAAAAGUAAAAAAAGAAAAAAAAAAUGUACAGGCUGUAUGCAUAGCUAUAUAUUUCAUUCUAAUGUUUGGUCGUAUUAUUUAAAAUGUCAAUUUUAUUUGUAUUGAUUCUUUCGUAUACCACGAGAGGGUGCCCGCGUACUACUAGUGGUACUCGUACCACACUGAGAAUCACUAUCCUAAUGGGUGACCCUGUCAAGCGGAAUUAUGUAUUUAUUUAUUUUCCCAGCAGCCCUUGAAUGCACCAUUGUCUAACUUCGACACACACAAUUGAAUAGAAUCAGCCUUUAUUAGUCCUGCAAAUGUGUUAUAAGUUUGCACCUAGUUUGUGCCUAAAAUGUCAAAUAUUAAAACUGAUCAGAGGUGCGCAGACAUCAAAUACAGUUAUUUAUUUGUUAGUUUGCAUUCAUAACAACACGUAGAGCAAAGCAGUACACAGAUUGUCAUAAAAAUAGUCCUUACAGAUGAAGCCAAGAGGUUUAUUUCCGACUUCCCAACAGCCCUGAAUGCACCAUUAGAUUGUGUCAACAUACAAGAAUAGAAUAGAAUAAGCUUUAUUUAGUCCUGGAAAUGUGUUUAUGACAUUUCCGUCAGGUCUGUGCCGGGAAAUAUAGGACAUAAAGUUAUAGGGGGCGUUUGCAGUUAGAAACUGCUCACAAAAUUUUAAUGUAGCCUAGUAAUUUGAUUUUCCAGAGGCGGAUAUUCCACUAUAGUUUCAACAAAGCUCCUGAAGCCCAAAGGAACAGGUCAGUGCAAAGCUGAUGGUGUGAUGAUUGACACCACCUCAGUCACGCCUUCUGUCUAUGGUUGUUUUUCUUUGGGCGGCAUGGUUUCCUGCAAAUCACAUUAGAGGGGCAAGAUGGGGCCAGGAUUUUUUUCCUCACAGAUAUAUUUUUUUUAAUUGCAAAUUCUCCCUUAAAUAAGAGGUACUCGGACAUAACAUUUUUGUUUUAGUUCUUUUUAAGAGACAUUUUGAAGAACAAAAGCAGUCCACUUUAAAAUGGGAGUUCCACAAUCCUUUGCUCUUGUCCUCACCCGCCCCACCAACCUUUAUGUGCCCCGCUCCUCCAAUGCACAAUGCACUACCUGAGCCUGUGAUGCUGGAUUCGAAGUGACUUGUACGGAUAUGAAAUAUAAUAUGUGGUGCUGCUCUUUGACGUGAGCCCCCCUGUUGCAGCCAUACUCUCACAUCAAUAAUAUCUAAACGUAGCAAAACGUAAAUGAAUCCAACUUUAAAUGAUCAUGUACUCUGUUAUGAUGUUGUGUGUCCUCCAGCAACGGCUCUGCCUCACUCCAUACAAACUACAUGCAUAUUACAUAGAGUACAUACAUAAUACAUACGUACAAACAGUACUACUUGAACAUGGUGAUCCAAUAUCUGUUUACAAAAUGCUACCACGGAGGACUGCUGUUGUCAUCCAGUGGCCAUGGUGUAUCCAAUGAAUAUAAAUUCAUAUAUUAUGAUUAUUAAUAUAGCUCUGACAUCAACAUGGAACCUGCUGUUGCUUUUUUAUACUGUAUAUGCCUUAAUUCAUAUGUUUGGCAAUCAUGAUUAAAGGAUGUUUAUAUAAAUAGAUAA